CUCCACUGCUGGCGCCCCCGAGCCCGCUCAGACGCUCCCUCUCGACUCUCUUGCCCAACCCUCCAACCACUUGCUCCGACCGACUCCUGAGCUUCGUCUCUGCUUCUUCUCCUCCUUCGCCCUCCUCCAUUCCUGCAUCGUCUCGUGUACUGUCCGGGCCGAGUCGUCGUCGCCUGCUCAUUGCCUGCCGCAGCCACACGCACCUUUGACGCCGUCCCCGGGCCUGCGUUCGGAGACGAGCCUGCGUUUGUUCCUGUCAAGGCUCGACUGCUUUUUCUCCCCUCUUCUCGCCUCUGCCACCCCCCAUCCUCUCCGCCGUCGUCCUCCAACGUCCGCCACGCCCUCACCUCGUCUGCGCCCACCUUUGUUCCACCUUUGCCGACCGUCGUUCGCUGUCGGUUUGGCCAUUUCACCCGCCCGCCGGCCCGCUUGGGACCUCGUGUUCCCGCCGUUGCGUGAUCGUGCGGUCGCCUCGGCGUGAUUGCUAAUUCGCAUCCUCCCAAAACCUCCCUUUCGCCAUCCGAUCCCGUCCUGCUUUUUCACCCCCCUUCACAUAUUCGCAUCCACGUCCUCCGAGCGGACGAUUGGAGCCGCACAUCUGCCCCGUCCACCAUGAGGGAGCUCAACUUCAGCAUACCCAACGCCAACAAGGCGUCCGUGGGCAUCACAACCGCCCUGUACGACCGCCGCGCCCUCGACUGCACCUCCACCUUGCCGCUUAUCAAUUCGCUCAACAACCUCGCCUACCUGAUCACCUCGUCGGCGCGCAUCAGAGACAUCCUGACGGUCGAUGGCGGCGUGGAGAGGCUGGUGUGCAUCCUCAAGGAGGGCCGCAGCACAAAGGACAUGAUGGAGUGCUGGAAGUGGAACUUGGCAUUCCAAUGCGUCGUCAACAUUGGCGUUCGAGGCUCGGAGAACGUCAGAACCCGCCUCGUUGAGGCGGACAUAGUCCCCGUCAUCGCUACGAUACUGGACAACUACGUCAAAGUCAUUGACAAGUGCCGUGAGAAGGCCGACGCUGAGUUCAAGCGCAACGCGAAGCAGUAUGGCUCCUCGUCGAAGCAUUACCAUAAGGCAAAUGAUCUGUUGCUAUCGGGCCAUGGCUUCGAUCGCAUCAGACGACAGGCGCCGCCGCCCAUCGAAAUCCCGUCUCCCAUGCGAGACCCUUCUGCCGAACAGCCGCUGCCGCCGGCUUUCUCGCUGAGUUCGCCUCCUGAACGAACCACCUUCUCCGGUGUGCAGUCACAAAACCGAGGCACCGCUGAGGCCAGGACACCACACUUCCCUUCGUCCAGUCAUGCGCGGCCCACCAUCCCACAGCCACUUGCGACCUCCAUCCCUAGAAUGGACGACAGACCAGACUCGUUCGGCCUGCGACCCGUGCGAGACGCCGACAGACUGCCCUCGAUGAUGCCUCUCCCUGCCGACAACUCAUCCCGCCCCGAGUCGCCCACCACGCCCAGCGCACCCGCAAACCCUCCCAGCGACGCGUUGCCUCUGUUCCGACGUGCUGUAGGCCGACGACCGCCCGCACGACACCAGGCGUCCAUGUCCCAAGAUUCGGACGAAAUUCCCGAGGAAACGGACGGCGCCAUGAAUGACAGCAGCGAGGAGCCUGUCGUUGGCAUCCAGAGUGACAUUGCCAUGCAAGACGUGGAUGCCCAGACCAUCAUCGAAGGCGACUCGCCCGUGCGGCUGGAUCCACGUCCUACGGGGCCACCAGAAGUAGACGCCUUCGACCUCGCCCGCUCCGCCAUCGAGGGAAGCAUAAGCAACGGGAGGCCCGCGACCGUGCAACCCGCUCCAAACAUCACCAUCUCACCCAUCGCAACGUUAACCCAGCUGCCACAGCCGCAGCAGCCAAUACAGCUGAACCCGUACGCUCGUUUCGCACACGAGCGGAGCGCGAGCUCAGGUCUGAUCACGAGCAUGCCUCGCGACGAGGACGUGCUCAUGUGCCUGCAGCUUCUGGCUUACGUGUCCAAGUACUGCAACCUGCGCUCCUACUUUCAGAAGUCACACCUUGUCCCCCGGCUCAAGAUUUCGACGGCGGAGCUGAACAUGUUUGACGCCGAUGCCGGUGCAGCGUCCCAGCCGAAGCCAGAGAAGGACGAAAGGGAAGAGGAAGAAUAUCUCCAACCUGACACGUUCAACAUCUUCCCCCUCGUGGAGAAGUUCACGGUGCGCCAUCACACAACAGACAUGCAGUACUGGGCCGGGGUCGUGAUGCGCAAUCUGUGCCGCAAAGACGACUCCCGUGGCGGUAUCAGGCAGUGCGCGUACUAUGACUGUGGAAAGUGGGAAGAGUACACGCGUCAAUUUGCGAAAUGCCGACGCUGCCGACGCACCAAGUAUUGCAGCAAGGAAUGCCAGAAGAGCGCGUGGGUAUACCACCGACAUUGGUGCGUUCCGGUUCAGCAGUGAUCGACGGCUCCCCGCACAAUCUUGAUGGAGCUUUUGCAAAUGACAUGGGAAACGACGUGAACACCUUGGCGACAUGUGGCUUUUGUUGUGGUUUUGUCUUACAGCGGGGCGCAUACACAGAAUUUGCAAGUCAACCUUUCUCUUUAAGGGAGGGGGGCUGAAACCCGUGACGCCGCAGUAUUCGCAUGUCUGACGCCUGACGAGAGUGCUGAACAAACGAGCGAAAGCGACCUCAAGACGCGAAAAAGAAUAUCUACGCACAACCUUCCAAGUGUCUGUAAUCAUGCAUUGAGAGUUUCAUGAUUCCCUCACACCACCACCAUUUCCCUCCUCCCCUCCCCCCAACUUAAUACCUUUCCUUGGGAGCAUUUCCAGGUCCGGCGUUUUGUUUUUUCCUUACUCCAUUUCUUCAGCGCUCUUCGCAUUCUAGGCGCCGAAUUUUGGUUUCGCCUUUCCCUUCCUCAUGUUAUUCAGUCUCAUUCUUGGGACGUGCAAACAUAUGAAACGGAGUUUUGGACGAUUUCGGGAAAAGGCGGGUUAAUGCCGACGGUCAACUGCUUUUAUUUUGGUUGUUACUAAAGAGCUUAUGUUCUCCUUUCCAUCUGACAGUAAACCGGCACCACAAGAGACAAGCGGUCCGAGGCACGCGAAAAAAAAGAAAAAGGCACCACGGCCACGAUGCCCUCUUGCUUUCAUGACUUCUCGACCAGCGUCGCCGAGAGGCUACUCGAGAACAUGGAAGCGAGAGACCUCUGUUUUUGUUUGGGCCAUGAGGAGACCCACGAAAUAUAGAAAGAGCGAGAUUGAGAUUGAUGUGGAUGAAUGUCGUUUGGAAUACCCCCUAUUAGCGUGCUUUUUUGUUCGCCAACCACAUGGCGGAUGGAUUUGGAGGGACAAGAGGAGAAUUUCUAGCUGUGCCUGGGUUGUUGUGAGAUGUGUGUGAUGUUGAUAGAAUGAGAGAGAGAGAGAGAAAUGAAAUGUCCGUUUACUGAUCCAUCAAGAAUGGUCGUGUUCGCUCUUGAAUCUCAUUUCCAUUUCUAGCGGUCUAUU